AUAGAAUUGAUCCCUAGAAUUACUCGACUACGUGAGGACUUCUAGCAUGUUUGGUUGGUCUAUGAAUUUUCCCGACGUAUUCGAAUCUCUAGAACAUGCGUCAGAAAUAGAUCAAGGGAAGCUUCAGUUGUGUUUCGGCGAAACUUGAAAGUGUAAACACGAUUCGAUAUUAGCAACUUGCAAAUUAAAUUUUUAUAUGUGAGGAAUUGUGUCAUGAGAUGAGACUGAAAAAUUUCUAAAUCGAUCAGGCUUUCCAUCAUCGUAUUGUUAUUAAUCUGCGAUUGCUGUGAAUUUUUCAUAGAGAAUAUUUGACGUAAAUGGGCUAUUAGAUUUACCUUUGUUGUUUUCAAUGAUGAUCCAAUUGCAGCGUAGAUAGUUUGGCGUCUCCUGUGUGUCAAAAUAAUUUGAGAUUUUAGUUGGUUACCCCAGAAAAUAAGCUUAAGCUAUACGAAAAGAAAUUACAAAAUGAACAACAAGUUAAAGCUCGCUAAUUUAGCUUCACCUAGGUACACUAGGUCGAUGAAAAAAAAGAUUGGUGAAAUAUUCAACCAGACAACAAACGUGUCAGAAUAUUUCCCCUCUAAUGUGAAAAAAUCAGAACCUGCGAAAGCUGGCUCUAAGAAGCGGCCACCGAUUAAGGUAGAGUACGAGAAUCCACCUGAGGCAAAACCGAAAAAAUUACCAAAAACAAAGAGGGCAAAACCUCCGGUCAAUGAUGAAUGGGAACCAGAACACUGGCAAUCUAUCCUAACAAAUAUUUAUGAGAUGCGCAAACAUAGUACUGCUCCCGUGGAUGAAAUGGGAUGCCACAAAUGCAGCGAUCCAAAUGCUACUGCCUCUGAUGCCAGGUUUCAGAUUUUGAUUGCACUCAUGCUCAGUAGCCAAACCAAGGAUCAAGUAACUCAUGCAGCAAUGGAGAAACUCAAGAGCCACGGCUGUACACCUGCAAACAUCAAACUCACAGACAAUGAAAUAUUGGGAAAACUAAUUUAUCCAGUUAGUUUUUGGAAGCGAAAAGUGGAAUAUAUAAAAAAAACAACGGACAUCCUGCUGGCACAGUAUGCUGGGGAUAUUCCAAAGACGAUAGAGGAUUUAUGCAAACUUCCCGGUGUUGGGCCCAAAAUGGGUCAUCUCUGCAUGCAAAUUGCAUGGGGUGAAGUUUCCGGCAUUGGAGUAGACACACAUGUGCAUCGUAUAUCCAACCGUCUUGGCUGGGUGCGUAAACCAACAAAAAUACCAGAAGAAACUAGAGUUCAGCUAGAAUCAUGGCUCCCUAAAGACAAAUGGGUAGAAGUAAACUACAUUUUAGUAGGAUUCGGUCAAGAAACCUGUCUCCCUUUAAGACCAAAAUGCUCGGAGUGUUUAAACAAAAACAUUUGUCCUUACGCUAAGAAGAAUGGUGCAAAGUAAGGCUUUGAGUCGAGUUGUGAAAAGUGUUGAAAAGUUUUGUUUAAGAUAUUUGAAUAUUUAAGAACAUUGUUUUCUUGUUCUAUAAUUUUUUUCUUCCACUUCUUGUGUUACUUGUGCUUAUGUUUGAAAAAAGCUAGAUUUACGAGA